AUGAAUGAUAUAUUCAAGGAACAUUUGUGUAAAUACAUAUUGGUGUUCUUUGACGAUAUACUGGUAUAUAGCAAUAACCUUGAAGAGCAUGUGGAUCAUUUGAGAACAUUUCUAAAGAUACUAAGCUUCCAUCAAUUGCUGCAACUCCUGCUGGAAAGAAUUCUGGCACCAGCAUUGUACGUAUUUGGAGACUCUCUGCUUGACAGUGGCAACAAUAAUCUUCUACCAACAAUUGCCAAAGCCAAUUAUCUUCCAUAUGGGAUAGACUUCGCCGGUGGGGUCACGGGGAGAUUCACAAAUGGCAAAACAAUCUCAGAUUACAUUGCUGAACAACUUGGGCUAUCAUUUUCUCCUCCAUCCUUGAGCCUGUUCAAGUCUGAUACCAUAACUGGCCGGAAUUAUGCGUCGGGAUCAUGUGGCAUUCUCCCGGAGAGUGGAAGCCUAUUCGGUAAGUGCCUCAACCUAGAUGAUCAGAUCGACUUGUUCCAAAAGACUAUAGAGAUGGAACUGCAACCACACUUGGGCAGCUCUGUAGAGCUUUCAGACCACCUUUCCAAGUCCAUCUUUGUUAUCUGUAUUGGAAACAACGACUACAUCUCCAACUACCUUGAACCUAAUCUUUUGAAUACCAGCAAAACGUACACUCCUCAAGCAUUUGCUCAACUACUCGGAGGCAGAUUUUCUCAAGGCAUGGAGAGUCUUUACAAAUUGGGGACCAGGAAGUUUCUAGUGUUUGAGAUUGGUACGAUUGGGUGCAUGCCAAUAUUUACAAGGACACUACAACACGAAGGACCAUGUGUUGAAGAACUAAAUCAGCUUGUAUCACUUUUCAACGAUGGGCUUCCUGCAAUGCUGAAACAACUGACAACUUCGCUCCAAGGCUCCACCUUUGCAGUGGGACAUGGUUCGAAACUUGGAUAUGAUAUGAUCACAAAUCCUUCAAAAUAUGGGCUAACAGAUGCAACAGACCCAUGCUGCAUUGCGGGGAACGGUGGAACUUUGAGCUGCAUUCCAGGUUCAAUUUCGUGCUUCGACGUGGACAAACAUGCCUUCUGGUUCAACCAUCGGGACCCGUUGCUUUAA